AGUGGUACUAUAAGUAAAUACACUUCGCAGUAACAAGAAACUUAAUUCAUUCCAAAAUGUAUACAGAGCCGUAUUUAAACAGUUGCUAUUCUAAUAUCGGUUAACGCAAAUUUGUUGGCGAAUUCAGUUGCAAAAAUGAUCGCACAACGAUCACUACUUCUAAGUUUACUAGUUCUACCGUUAACAAGUGCUUGGUUUGAAGGCUGUGAUCAACAGUUUCAGUUGACCUCAAACGCAGAUUUCCAGUUGCAAUCAUCUUUGUAUCCAGGCAAAUAUCCAUCGGGAAGUUCUUGUCGCUAUCUACUGAUUGCUCCUCCGGGAUACACCAUUAAUGUCAGCUGUGCGAUUAACAUAGACGCACCUCAGGGAUCGUCUUGUUCAACAGAAUUGUUCUACAUUUCAACGGAGGGCUUUUCUUCGUUGGUGGGGAGUGAGUUCUCAUGUGGCACCGGAGUACUGAAUCGCCAAUCUCUGUUCAAUAAAAUAAUGAUAGCCUAUACCUCAUCAAGCUCAAGCAAUGCAGGUACCUUCAAUUGUAGGGUUAUGGUACAAUCACAGAGUUGUGACUGCGGUUGGUCGCGCUGGCAAAAAAUCGUUGGCGGAACGGAAUCUGGCAUUAAUGAAUAUACAUCUAUGGUGGGACUACUGGACAAGGUGACCGUGAACGUGUUUUGUUCUGGAGUAAUAAUAAGUUAUAGAUACAUUAUAACCGCAGCACACUGCGUGGAAAACACCCCAAAUGUUGACCGUUUUCAAGCUUUGGUAGGAGACCAAAAUUACCGAACAGGCUUGGAUACUCCAUAUUCUCAGCUUUACGACUUAGAACGAAUCAUCGUUCACGAGAAUUAUGGUCAAAGUACACGUGACAACGACAUUGCCUUGCUGCGGACCAGUAAAGAUAUGGAAUGGAAUCGCGGCGUCGGCCCAGUUUGCCUUCCAUUUAAUUAUUGGUACUAUGAUUUCAAAAACCUCCAAGUCGAUGUAGCCGGUUGGGGUACCACAAGUUUUGGAGGCCAGCAAAGCACGACCCUGCGUCGUGCUACGCUCAAUGUCAUUGCAAACGAAAACUGCAACGUUCAGUACGUUAAUAGUAAGAAAUUAUGUACCUAUGCCCCUGGGAAGGACACUUGCCAGUUCGAUUCAGGAGGGCCUUUGUAUCUACGAGGAGUACAAAAUAUGUAUACAAUCGGUAUCAUUAGCUACGGAGGAGUAUGUGCAGGAUCAACGCCAUCUGUCAAUACUAGAAUAACAGCCUUUCUCGAUUGGAUACGGAGUAAAACCGGUGAUGCAAUUUUUUGUGUGAAAUAGUCAAAAGUUAAUGUUGAACACUGGGUCCAGAGGUGCUAGCCUUGAAAAUUAACACUCCUGAUGCACAUAUACGACCUACAAAAUUUUGUAAAAUCAAUUGUAGAUGAAAACUGUACUGACGCCGACAUUACAUAAUUGCAUUCACAUGUCCUGUUUUCCUCGUUAUAUACUGAUCAUAUUUAAGCUCUUGAUGGAUAAUAGCAAAGACUUCUUAUUACCAAGAUAGCAGACCCUGUCAGCUUGGAGCGAUCUCAAUCUUCAGUUCAGCAACGCCAUCGCACGGCGUCUCAUUCAACAUGUCAUGUCAAUUGUAUGGGUGCACAGCCCUGCUAUUUUGGCGCGCACGAAUUUGACAUUUCUCUCCUCUACUUCUAUGUAUGAGGUUCGAUGCGGGCUCACCUGAGGGCGACAUGCUCGCAAAAAAGGAUGUUGCCAAUGAUUUGUUCGGGAAAUGUGAGAGCUGGAUAUCUUGUUAAUAUGAUGUCUUUGAAGAUAGCCAGCUUUCCGAUUUUACGUACAAAUUAUUGGCAACAUACUUUUUUGCAACAUGACACCCCCUAACGAGUCCGCAUCGCAACUUAUGCAUACACGCACAUGAGAAAACUGUCACAUCAGCGAGCGCGAAAGUAACUCAAUAACAAAGAGUGUGAGCGACAAUAUUUAUGUUUUUAACUACUGCAUCAAAAUCGUUUGGUUUGUUUUUCAGCAUUAUCAUGUCGAUCGUCAAAGGGUUAUAUUUUGUUUUACAAUUAAUUUUACAGAAUGCAUCAGAUGCACAUUAUGAUGAAAAAAGUGCUUGUGAGAUGUGCAGCAUAAACUUGCUUUUUUUUAUAAUCUGUCCGUAUGUGCAGCAUAAACUUGCUUUUUUUUAUAAUCUGUCCCAAAAAAAUGGAUCAUUUUGAUAGCGGAGCAAGAUGUGUGCUGAAUCUGUAUCAUAAAAAGUACUAAAAACAGGUUUCGUUGUAACUGUAAAUGAAUGGAUCAACCAAAAUAAAACAAUAUUUGUAAACCUACUAUUAACAAUCGUAUUUGAAUUGGACAGAGUAAUUCUAAAAAAUCGCAUUAUCAAGAAUUAAUAUCGAUCUCGUGACUUCUUUUGUUAGUGCUAAUGAACGUCUACUAAGCAUCUUACAAUAAAUAUCCUUCAAUUUUAUUCGGUAAAAAUUUAAGUAAUUUAAGUUAAAGAAUAUGGAUUGAUUUUAGAACAAUUAAUAUGUGUGUGAGAUUCAUUGCUUCUUUUACCAUGAAAUGUUUUUCUUUAUUCGGAAUUCGACUAAAAUCCCAAGAGCCUAUAAACGCUGAUACAGAAAUUAUCUUUUUGAACAUUGUUAAUGAAUGCUCUGAUACUUAGAAUCUACUCUUAAUACGUCAAUCUAGCUUGACAUUAUAUUUAAUUGAAAAUUUCUAAAUAUUCUACUCAAAGUAAUUUUUUUUAACCUGGGUUAAAUAAUAAUAACAGACUCUCAUCAGAAAAGUAAUAACAGAUUAUUUAAAAAAUAUUGACUCCUCUGCUUCAUACCUGCAUACAAACACUAUUAGACUUCGAUUGUUUUGUACCGUUUCUGAACGCCAUAAU